GAACCAGUUGGACUGCGGAGGUGGUAUCCUAGAUAGGGUUCACUUACUCUGUGCGGUGGUUACAUUUCAUUUCAUUACUUGACAGCAAUAGAGUAAAUAGUAGUUUAUUGCUUCACCCUUUUUGGUGGGUUCGAGUUUACAAGUGCAAUUGUCUAUUCUUAGUUGCUAAGGUAAUUUUCGUGUCGUCAUAUUUAUGAGUAUUUGUGUAUGAGAUUGUACUGUCUAUUCUGUAAUAUUAAUAAGGUAUAUGUCUGUGACUGAACAGUACCCUUCCCAAACACACAACGGGUUGCCUUCGAAUGAUGUUAACGGCGGUCGCAGUUUCAUAUUUAAACAAAUGUAUACCAUCUAUAGUAAAUUUGAUUCAUUUUAAGUCAAUGUUUACUUACUUUGGCAUUGCUGUGUUGCUGCUUACAAAAGACAAAUACGCAAUGAUAUGAAAUUAAGCUACCGAUGUUUUGCAAAACAUCGAUGCAUCACUGAACAUCGGUAUCAGCAAAAACAUCGGAAAAUAUCAGUAAACAUCGGCAGAAAAACAUCGAUGCUCGAUGCCUCGAUGUUUUUUUACAUCACUAGUGGAAAGUGCAGAAAUUAAAAUUUUACAAAACAAGAAACAAGGUACGGUACACCUGUGACUUGUAAGCUGGCAACGAAAUUGCUGCAAAGCCAAAAAAAAAACAAUAACAAAUAAACUAUUAGUUCUACACUAUCAAAUAACAGAAAGUACGCAGCGGAAAACCAUCUGCUUUGCGGAUAAACGUGCAACAAAUACGCAACGCAAAGCAGCCAAGAAAACCAGGCCCAGAACCCACCAGCAAUACACACGAGCACACACACAUACAAAUUAUAGGAGCAGCAGCAGCAGCAGUAGCGCCAGAAGAAGCACCCGAAGGAGCAGCGUCCAAGGAGCCAGGAGCUAGCCGCUAGCCGGGAGGAGACGACCAAACACACACACACAAAAAGCGACACAAAUGGCCGAUGGAAAUGGGCUGCCAGCAGGUGCAGCUUCCGGUGCUGGUGGCAUCAUCGAGGGCGGACAAACAUUAAACUGCGGUGUGGCCACAGCCACCGUGGGCAAUCCAGUGGGUGUAAGUGUGGGUGCUGCAAGUGGCAGCAACAGCAGUGCUAGCAACAGCAACUUGAGCAGCAGCAGUGGCGGUGGUAAUGGGAGUGGCGGUGGCGGUGGUGGCAGUGCUGCCAAUUUAGGAUAUCAUCAAUUAAGCGUGACAAUCGAGGAGGCCUCACUGCGCAACAAUGGCUUCCUCAAGCCAAAUCCCUAUGUGGAGCUGCUGAUCGAUAGCAAAAGUAAGCGAAAGACGGAUCAGGUCAAGAAUAGCUAUCUCCCUAAAUGGAAUGAAGAGUUUACAGUGCUGAUCACGCCCAACUCCACGCUGCACUUUAAGGUGCUGGAUCAUUCAAGUUUCCGCAAGGAUGCCAUGCUGGGGGAGCGCAUCAUCAAUCUAGCCCACAUCCUGCAGCACUACAACGGCCGCUGUGAGUUCCUGGAGCUGACCAUCGAUCUGUUUGUCACCUCCAAGUCGGACAAUCGACAGACCAAGAGCGGCGAACUUGUGGCCAUACUGAACGGAUUGAAGCUGGACAUGAGCAAGCUGCAGGUCCAACAGAAUGGCAAUGCCGUCCAGGCGGUGAACCCGGCCUUAACCGAUCCAGCCUCAGCUGGCCGUAGCUGCAUGAUCUACGGCGGAGUAAGGGCCAGGAUGCGGCUGCGCUCAAGCAAUAGCAAUAGCAAUCCGGAGACACUCGCCAAUCGUUCACUGGGUGCGAAUGGUGUGGAUACCAGAGCGGCCAUUCUAGGCCCACCAGUGUGGGAGCAACAGCAGCAACAGCCGCCGCCACAGCAGCAGCAGCAGCAACCCCUAAGGAUGGUCAAUGGAAGCGGAGGAGGAGCAGCGGCUGUGCCGCAAACAGCACCGUAUCCUCAACAGCCGCCAGCACCAGUUGUGGCGCCGCAGCCCAGGCCCAUGACCCAGGUAUAUGCCAAUGGCGUGAUGCCAGAGAAUCCACCACCGCCAACUGGUGUCUACAUGCCAGCGGGACAAGGAGUACCGAUGGAUCAGCAGCAGGCGGGAAUUGGACUGCCUGUAAGUCAGAGCACAGAUCCCCAACUGCAGCCACAGCCGGCGGAUGAUGAGCCGCUGCCCGCUGGCUGGGAGAUACGCUUGGAUCAGUACGGACGUCGCUACUAUGUGGAUCACAAUACACGUUCCACGUACUGGGAGAAACCCACGCCGCUGCCGCCCGGUUGGGAGAUACGUAAGGACGGGCGGGGACGCGUCUAUUACGUGGACCACAACACACGGAAGACCACAUGGCAGCGGCCGAACAGCGAGCGCCUGAUGCACUUCCAACACUGGCAGGGACAGCGCGCGCAUGUAGUGUCGCAGGGCAAUCAGCGGUACCUUUACUCCCAGCAGCAGCAGCCGACGGCAGUGACCGCCCAAGUGACGCAGGACGAUGAGGAUGCGUUGGGUGUGCUGCCCGAUGGCUGGGAGAAGAAAGUGCAAUCGGACAAUCGUGUGUACUUUGUGAACCACAAGAAUCGCACCACCCAAUGGGAGGAUCCUCGCACGCAGGGCCAGGAGGUGAGCCUGAUAAACGAAGGCCCCCUACCCCCCGGCUGGGAGAUACGCUAUACGGCAGCGGGCGAGCGUUUCUUUGUGGACCACAAUACGAGGCGCACCACCUUCGAGGAUCCGCGUCCGGGUGCGCCCAAGGGCGCGAAGGGUGUGUAUGGCGUUCCGCGUGCCUAUGAGCGCAGCUUCCGCUGGAAGUUGUCGCAGUUCCGAUACCUGUGCCAGAGCAAUGCCCUCCCAUCGCAUAUUAAGAUUACGGUGACGCGGCAGACGCUCUUCGAGGACUCGUACCAUCAGAUAAUGCGCCUGCCCGCCUACGAGCUGCGUCGCCGCCUGUACAUAAUCUUUCGCGGCGAGGAGGGUCUCGACUACGGUGGCGUGUCCAGGGAGUGGUUCUUCCUACUGUCGCACGAGGUGCUCAAUCCCAUGUAUUGCCUGUUCGAGUACGCCAACAAGAACAACUACAGUCUGCAGAUCAAUCCCGCCUCCUAUGUGAAUCCCGAUCAUCUGCAGUACUUCAAGUUCAUUGGACGCUUCAUUGCCAUGGCCCUGUACCAUGGACGGUUCAUCUACAGCGGCUUUACGAUGCCCUUCUACAAGCGGAUGCUCAACAAGAAGCUGACCAUCAAGGAUAUCGAAACAAUUGAUCCCGAAUUCUACAAUUCGCUUAUUUGGGUCAAGGACAACAACAUCGAUGAGUGUGGCCUCGAACUGUGGUUCAGCGUGGACUUUGAAGUCCUCGGACAGAUCAUCCAUCACGAGCUGAAAGAGAAUGGCGAAAAAGAGCGUGUGAACGAGGAGAACAAAGAAGAAUAUAUAACGCUUAUGACGGAAUGGAGGAUGACACGUGGCAUUGAACAGCAGACUAAAACCUUCCUGGAGGGCUUCAAUGAGGUUGUACCAUUGGAAUGGCUCAAGUACUUUGAUGAGCGCGAGCUGGAGCUGAUCUUGUGCGGCAUGCAGGAUGUGGACGUUGAAGACUGGCAGCGCAAUACCAUCUACAGGCACUACAAUCGCAACUCCAAGCAGGUUGUCUGGUUCUGGCAGUUUGUGCGUGAAACGGACAAUGAGAAGCGCGCCCGUCUGCUGCAGUUUGUGACGGGGACGUGUCGUGUCCCUGUGGGUGGCUUCGCCGAGCUGAUGGGCUCCAAUGGACCGCAGCGCUUCUGCAUCGAGAAGGUGGGCAAGGAGACCUGGCUUCCGCGGUCGCAUACGUGCUUCAAUAGAUUGGAUCUGCCGCCGUACAAGAGCUACGACCAGCUGGUGGAGAAGUUGACCUUUGCCAUUGAGGAGACUGAAGGCUUCUGCCAGGAAUGAGUGGCAGUUGAUUUUUGGUCGGUUUGUUGAUUAAUGUUUAAUUCCAAUUGAGCGCCUGUCCCCCACCCCCCAUACACCCAUCCUCAUAUCCUUGUGAACGAACGUCCAUGGUUGCGUUGAUAUAGUUACUGUUAUUAUUAUUACGUUUACGUAUAAAUAUGUAUAUGUAUUACUUUGUAUACACACAGAAACACUUUUCGUCUGUCGUGUCUAUAUAAUUCCUAUGUUCGCUACCACCUAAAGAUCUGUAAUCUAUAAUCUAUAAUUGUUUACACCCCGCAAUCGCAUCCGAGUGUUGAGUAUUUUGCCAUAAGAUUGCAACGACCCCUACCACUCCCCCGCUUCUGAUUCUUUGCUUCUAGUUCAAUUUUACAACGAGCCCUGGUCCCUGGUCCCUCGUCCCCUGCCCCUUGCCCCCACUUACUGUUGCCCUAUAAUUGCAUUGUAAAUAGUUUGACACGAAAAAGAUUUACACCGGAAAAUUGUUAAAGAAAGGGGAACUUUUUGGGUUUACUAGCCGCCAAGGUGCAACUGUUUUAAAAAUGUUCAAUUGUUUAACGUCGUAUAUACACACAAACACACACACAUCACAAAUACUAUAUAUAUUUAUAUAUAGAACUAUAUUUUAAAUAUAUAUAUCCCACACAAAUACAGAGAGGAAGAGAGAAGAGGCAGAAGAUAUCGUGAGAUGAAGAACACCGAAGAAAACACACCGCAAAUCGUAACAAAAUAUGUUUAGGGUUUUAAACAGGCAAACAAAAUACAAUUAAAUCAAUAAUAAAUUCAAAUAGCAAUAAUUGUUGUUAACAAAA